AUGUGGACAAGCUUAUGGAAUUCUCUAAUAGCCCCCAAGAUUCGAUUGUUCAUGUGGAAAGCUGCUUGCAAUUGGUUAGCCUGCAAAGCCAAUUUAUUCCGUAGGAAAUGUGCCCCUAAUCCUAUGUGCCCAAUUUGUGCAAGUGCUAGUGAGACGAUUGAACAUAUGUUGUUCCACUGUCCAUGGGUUAAAGCUAUGUGGUUUGGUAGUGGCAAAGCCUUCUGGGUGCUCCAAAAGGAUAUUGUAGCGGUGGACAAAUGGCUAGAAGAUUUGCUGUGUGGGUGCCUUUCAAAAGAAUCUGAAAGAGAAGAUGUGGGGUUGAUCUUUCAAAUUUGUUGGGCAAUUUGGAAGGACAGGAAUAGGUGUGUCUUCAAUGACAAGAACCCAAGGCCAGAAGUGGUGAUUGAGCAGGCACGAGGAGCAAAUGUGGACUACUUGCAAACUGUUUGCGAUAAAAUGCAGAUGGAUUCUACUAUACGAUCACGGGUGGAAAGGUGGUCCCUGCCUCCUCCAUCAGUCUUGAAAAUUAAUUGUGAUGGAGUGUUUAAAUCUUCUUGCAGCCUUGCUGCCUUUGGCAUAAUUGCUAGAGAUAGUGGUGGAUCAGCUCACGAUUGGCGGUCUGGCAGAGUUAUGGUAUCCUCGGCUUUGAUGAUUGAAGCUUGA